GCAGGCACGAAACACAAAGCUGACUCCCACACCCAGAGCAAGGGAGCGGCUGCUCCGCAUUUUUGGGGUAGAGUUUGUUGUCGGGGGCCAGGACGCAGGGUCUGGGGAGUGACCCGGACAUCAGGAAGUGGGACAGCACCAGGGAGGAGGAGGAGGAGGAGGAAACAGAUCUGAAACCUGGAAUUUGACAGGACCAGCAUGACAACACAGGGUGAGCUGCUGAGCCCAACUCCUGGCUUGGCAGAGGUGUUGAAAGGUGGUUCUUGGACCCAGCCUACCUGCCCAUGCUGCUGCUCCAAGAAUGUGGAACCCCUGCUUCUGGUCCAACUGGCUGACAGCGUUGACCCGGUCACAAAGAAAUGGAUCAUCUCUCGGCUAGAGGCUCCCGUGAGGGAUGGAGGGGCGGCACUUCUUGUGCACUCCGGAGAGGACGAUGCCGGCAACGUGGUGAUACUCUCGGCACCACGCUGCACCCAGCUUCGGGUCACCGAGGACUUGGGAAUGUGGAAGCCCUACAAGGAUGGAAACAUGGUUGCCUUUUCCUAUGAUGACCGCAACAGCUUCAGAAACAUUGAUGACAUGCAGGUGUUUCUCACUCUGGCUGAGCGGCAACAUGUGGUGAAAUACCAGUUGGGCUCUCUGCGAGCCAAGAAGGAUCGCACUAUUCCAGGAGUUCCGGAGUCGCGAGGGGUCCUUUUGGCUAGAGAGAGCAUCUUUCGGAAGCUGGAGAAGGUGGGAGUCAUCAAGACGGUGAUUGCCCUGCAUGACCAGCGGCAGCUAGCCGACCUCGCGAAGGCCUGGUACUCUGGAUGGCAGCUCCUGGGCCAACCAUUGGAUUCCAUCCAGGCCUAUUUUGGGACUACCGUGGCUUUCUACUUCAGCUUCCUGGACUUCUACACGUGGGCCCUGGUGCCUCCUGCUAUACUGGGUGUAGUUCUCACCUUAUUCCCAUUUGCCAGCGGAACGGCGGCGAAGGCCAGCGGAGGGGAGGGGAAGGAAGAGGAGCCGGGCCUCCCGGUGAGCGGCCUGAUGGUGCAGGCCAUGUUCAGCAUGCUCUGGUCCACGCUGGUCAUGGAGCUCUGGAAGCGACGGACAGCUGCGCUCUCGUACCGCUGGGGCACGCCGCUCCUGAACGAGCGCUACGCGGAGCCUCGGCCCGGGUACACCGGGCCCAUGGGCCGCAACCCUAUCACGGGGAGGCCCGAGCCCCGCUUCUCCGAGUGGGAGCACAAGUUGCGCGUGGGGCUCUCCGUGCCUGUGGUGGGCUUCUUUCUGGGACUCGUGGCGCUGGGCAUGGCCGCCUUUUACCACUUUGAGGCCGCGGCCCGGGACUUCCACAAAAGCGAAGGCACCUGGCUGUCUGUCCCGCUGCUCUACGUUCCCUCGUUGGCCCACAUCCUGUACACCAACAUGCUGGGAAGCCUGUACGGCAACGUGGCUCUGGGACUCACGGAGUGGGAGAACCACAGAGACGAGUCCUCCUUCCAGAACCACCACACCACCAAGGUCUUACUGUUCAGCUUUUUCAACUGUUUUGCUGUAUUGUUUCACAUCGCCUUCAUCAAGGAGGACUUGGCCCUGCUGCGGAAGAGGCUGGCGUCCCUGCUGAUUGUGACCCAGCUGGUCAAUCAGUGCACAGAGGUCCUCGUCCCAUACUUGGUGGACACUUUUCUCAGCGACGGAGCCAAAAAACCCAAAGAGGAUGACCCCGAAGAGGACCGGAUACGAGCCCAGGGCCGUUUGCCCCCGUUCCCAGGCCUGUUUCCAGAAUACAUUGAACUCCUGGUGCAGUACGGGUACCUGAGCUUGUUCUCCUGCGUGUAUCCGCUCACGGCCGUCCUGCUGCUCAUCAACAACGUUACCGAGAUCCGCACGGACGCCUUUAAGAUCUGCAGACUCUUCCGGAAACCUUCAUCGGCCCCUGUCUCCGACAUCGGGGUGUGGCAGCCCGCUUUUGAGGUUUUGGGCUUCGUCUCCGUCAUAUCCAACUGCUGGUUACUGCUGCUUUCCCCGGGGGUGCGUCAGUUCUGUCAGGAGGGGGGCUUCAGCAGCCGCAAUGCCCUGCUGUUCGCCAUCUUGGUGGAGCACGUCCUCAUUUUCGGGAAGAUGAUUCUCGCCUUUGUCAUCCCCGAUGAGCCUGCUUGGAUCAGCCUUAAGAAGCAGGAGUUCGAGUUUCGCUCCAUGCAGGCCUUCAACCAGCAGAAGCUGCAGCGUUAAGGCAAGAACUUAUACCAACUUUCUUCUGCUGAAAUGAAGAGGAAGGAAGGCUGAGAGGAAGGGGAAAAAGAGUGUCUUCCAGAGAAAGGUCUGGUCCCUAGACAUGAAUCCAGCUGAGGAGGACAUGUGCAGUUGUUGAUAUGGUGUGUUUUCCUCUACUGAGGCUAAACGGGGUGUGGGCUGGGAAUUCUUAACAGAGGCAACGGAAUCCACAGAAAAGAGCAGAGUAUUUAUUAUAAUAGUAUAUUCUACACUUUCUUCAAAUUAUAAACCUGUGGCUGAACUCUUACAGGGCACAUAGUAUAUUUAAAAUGCUUUUGCAUGCUUUUAGAAGUAUUUUCAAUGCUGAAAAUAACUUUUAUUAUACAAUUCUGACAAGCAGGCUGGUGACAGGGUUGUAUGUUUUGUAGCAAUUUUUUUAUUUUUAUACCUUCAAAUCACAGAAUUGUGGUCCAAGAGUAUAUAGUCCGUGCUUUGACCAAAGAUAUCAAUCACAGAGAUGCUUCCAAGGGUCUCCGACAUUAAGAAUGAAUGUGUUGUGUGACCAGAGUAACACGUGGAAAUAUACUGUAUUUCAAGCAGCACUAUAUUGUCAUCAUUAGGACAUAAUGUUCUCAGGAACGUCAUUGCUAAUAAAGACUUCAGAAUUCAUG